AUGUCAGACAUGGUUAUAACGCUCGCGCACUUCUGCGAUAAGCAUGGGCCGAGGGCGCUCUUAGGAACUCAAUGUGCCGAAGACGGGGAUGCUUUGCUUCUGCCUGAUUAUCCAACGGAAGCGUUCUGUGCCUCCUGCUCCAUGCAUUUUCCGGGAGGCGACACAUGUACCAGAUCCAUGCGCACUCGACUAAACUCUAUGGACUAUGUGUCAACUAACUAUCCCGCAAUUCGAUACCAGCUACUGUCAACUGUGAUUCGCCAUAUGUUCUCAGAAGAAACAAUGACCUACGAUUGCGCUCCACUGACUUUCUUUGACCAAUCCAAGGGCCUGAACCUUGUGAUGGGCUUCAAGCUUCCCGACGCAGAUGCUCGAGGGGAUGAAAGGCGCUACGCUAUUUUACUCACCAUCGACAGUCGAGACCAAGUAGCAUCCAUGGAGAUUCUCAGUAAGCAUUGGGAAUUUAUCACGAACAGCUUCAAGCGAGUAAUUGAUCAUAUCAAGCAAAAGCGUGAGACGGAGGUACGACGUAACGCCAAGAACUAUUCAGGACAGUUCACUCCAAUGGUGGGUACUUACCUGAAAGGCAAUAAGUCAAAAGUCCCCCAAAACCUUGUGCAGCUCACGCAUGAUGACUUAUUGUUCGUAAGGCUACACAAGUGGAAUACCUUCAUGCUUCACCAGCUCAACUCUCUCGAGUGA